UCGCUGCCGCCGCGCAUGCCUCGGCUCCCCACCUUGGCCCGCCCACAGAGCCUUUAUAUUCGUAGCUGCAAAGCGUUUUUCUGGUCUCUCUUACCUGCCAAAGGAAACUGGUGAUUACCAGCUCUGCUCCUGACAAUUCGUAGUAUAAGACAUUCAAUUUUAGAAAAACUAAAUGGAUGAAGACUGGGAUGCUGAAGUGGGUUUGGAGGUACCACAGGCUUAUAUUCCAAAAGCAGACUUAAUGGGAAGCCUUGGGAAGAAUGAAAAUUGUGACCCAAACUCCGCUUGGUCAGGCAAUUUUGGCAGUAAAGACAGAAGUGGAUUUGGAAAAGACAGAGAAUAUUUUGACAGUAAAGAUGGAAAUGAAUUUGGAAGAGAGAGAGAAAUAAAUGAAGAUUGUACCUUUUCAAGUAGAGACAGGUUUGGAGGACAAAGAGGUGUUAGGGGACUUUCGAACAGAGGAAAACCUAGAGGUGGUCACAGGGGUGGCAGAGGAGGAAGAGGGAAUGGUGAAUUGGAUGACAGUUCCUGCAGAGAAGUAGAGUUUUCUUCAGGAUGGGGAAGAGGAAAAUUUGGCAGAGGAGAACACAAAGAAAAUGAAGGAAUAGGCAGAGCACGAGGUUCUCAAAGAAUAUCUCGAGGUGGCUAUAGAGCAAAUGAUGAAGAGGUUUUUUCAAAAACCACAGGGUCACUUACUUCAACACUAGAGGAGAAUGGUGAAAAGGCAGGCCCUAAAGUGACAUAUGUUCCACCACCUCCACCAGAAGUAGAAGACUUAAUCUUUGCUCAUUAUGAAACAGGAAUCAACUUUGACAAAUACGAUGAUAUUGUUGUAGAGAUUUCUGGUAAAAAUGUUCCUCCAGCUAUAAUGAACUUUGAAGAAGCUCAGUUUUGUGAUUCAUUAUGCAAGAACAUUUCAAAAUCCGGGUAUAUAAAACCCACUCCAGUUCAGAAGUAUGGUAUUCCGAUCAUUUUAGCUGCGAAAGAUCUGAUGGCGUGUGCUCAGACAGGAUCUGGAAAAACUGCUGCUUUCCUUUUACCACUUCUGCAACAUUUGAUGCAAGAAGGCGUUGCUGCUAGUAGAUUUAGUGAAAUACAGGAGCCCGAAAUAAUAAUUGUUGCACCAACAAGAGAGCUCAUCAGUCAAAUUUAUUUGGAAGCAAGAAAGUUUGCUUUUGGAACCUGUGUUCGACCUGUAGUGGUGUACGGUGGUAUUAGUACAGGAUAUACGAUACGUGAAAUUUUGAAAGGUUGCAAUAUAUUAUGUGGAACUCCUGGAAGACUUUUGGACCUUAUUGGUAAAGGAAAGGUUGGCCUAAGUAAAGUGAAGCAUCUUGUGCUGGAUGAAGCAGACCGCAUGUUAGAUAUGGGCUUUGAGCAAGAUAUGCGUAAACUGGUUUCUUCUCCUAACAUGCCCUCAAAGGAUUUGCGACAAACACUGCUGUUCAGUGCCACGUUCCCAGAGGAUAUUCAGAAAUUAGCUGCUGAUUUUUUGAAGAGUGAUUACAUCUUCCUUACUGUUGGUCAGGUUGGAGGGGCUUGUAGUGAUGUCAAUCAAAUAAUACUUGAGGUUUCUCAGUUUUCAAAGAGAGAAAAGCUUGUUGAAUUACUUCAAAUGACCGGUACUGAAAGAACAAUGGUUUUUGUAGAGACAAAGAAAAAAGCAGAUUUUAUUGCCACUUUUCUUAGUCAAGAGAUUAUUCCAACUACAAGCAUUCAUGGGGACCGAGAGCAGAGGGAAAGGGAACAAGCUCUUGGAGAUUUUCGUACAGGAAAAUGCCCAGUCCUGGUUGCCACUUCUGUUGCUGCUAGAGGUCUUGAUAUUGAACAUGUUCAGCAUGUUGUUAACUUUGACCUUCCUAGUUCAAUUGAUGAGUAUGUACAUCGCAUUGGACGUACUGGACGCUGUGGAAAUACUGGCAAAGCUGUAUCGUUUUUUGACCCAAACUGUGACAUUCCUAUUGCCCGUUCCUUGGUGAAAGUUCUUUCAGAUGCUCAGCAAGAAGUUCCUGCUUGGCUGGAAGAAAUAGCAUUCAGUGCUCAUGGUACAACAGGGUUCAAUCCAAGAGGACCAGUCUUUGCAGCUGUGGAUACCCGAAAAUCUUUGCAGAGUUCAAGCUUCAGUAAAGAUCUUGGAAGUCUGAAUGGCCCAAUGAACCCUUCAGAGGAUACAAAUGAGGACCUUUGGGAAUGAAACGGCUCUACAAACAGUUCUGCAGUUUAGUGAUUAUUUCACGUUUUGAGUAUAGUGCUUUACUUUAAUGUUGAAACUUUUGGUUAGUCAUGUAGCAGUUGUGUGCUGACCCUUGAUUUCUCAAAUUUGUAAUAAGAUGUGUGGUGUUUUUCCUUUGUAUUAAACUGAACAAUUAUCUCACUGGAACGGUUUAAUAUAUAAAUGUUAAGUUCUGCAGUUCAGUGAUUUCACAUGUUUUGAGUACAGUACUUUAAUGUUGACACUUUUGAUUAAUAAAAUAGCAUUUGUUUGCUGGCCCUUGAUUUCUCAAAUUUGUAAUGCAUGUGUGGUGGUUUUCCUUUUUCCUUUCCUUAAUUCUCUCAAGGGAACUGUUUGAUAUAUAAAUAUUUUAGACUUAAUUUGAGCUGUUAUCCCUAAAUGUUACAUUUGAGUGCUUAUAUUAGCUAAAAAAUGUAAGGAAAUAUGUACAGUUAGACUGUGUCCUGGAUAUUUUUGUACUUAUUAAAGCACUUUUAUACUGUACUUUCUUGGAACUUCAGUUUCUUUUUGGAGGCUAGAGUUUAAUAUAAAUCAUGAUAGUUAAAAUGCUGCUUCUUGUAGUGUUGUGCUUAGAUUUUUUUUUUUUGUUGUACCUUUUUUGUGUUAAUCUUAUUCUGAAGCAGACCGGUUUGUCUAAUUAAAAAGUUUGGGCAGUUUUGUGGUACUUUAAGAAGUUUUUCUUGUAUUCAGAUUUUUUGAUAUUUUUAAGUUGGAAAUACUUUGAGAAAUAAAAGCACCUUUUUAUUUGCUUUUCACAUCUAAACCUGAGACACACUUAUGAAUGCACAUUUUAUUCCAUGUAAGCCUAAGCUUGUAUGGUUAUAUGGAAUCAUGCCUGGAAUCCUAAUUAACUUUUUUACUUUUUUUUUUUUUUUCUUGUACUGUGGAAGGAAAUUAUCCCAUGUAUUCAGUGUGAAUUGUGGUUAGAAUUAUGUGAAGAUAUAUACUUGUGUUCUGUUACAUUAUUUCUAAUGAUGCUGGAAAAUUUAAAAAGUGUACAA